GCCUUCUACAGUCUACACUACUCCCAUCGGAAGCGUCCAGAUGGCGGCGGAAGGCGGCGACCAGUCAAUCACCCACUCCACAAUCUCCACCAACGGAAUCAACAUGCACGUGGCCUCCAUCGGGAUCGGACCGGCGACGAUCCUCUUCCUCCAUGGCUUCCCGGAGCUCUGGUACACGUGGCGCCACCAGCUCAUCUCCCUCUCUGCCCUCGGCUACCGCUGCAUCGCCCCGGACCUCCGCGGGUUUGGCGACACCGACGCACCCUCAUCUCCGGCCAAGUACACCGCCUUCCACAUCGUCGGCGACCUCGUCGGACUCCUCGACGCCCUCAAGAUCGACAAGGUCUUCUUGGUCGGGCACGAUUGGGGAGCCGCCAUGGCCUGGUACUUUUGCAGGCUCCGCCCCGAUCGGGUCACGGCGGUGGUCAACCUCAGCGUCCCGCCGCUCCGCCAGUCCCCUGCGUUCAACUUCGUCGAAGCCUUUCGAGCUGCCUACGGCGAUGAAUACUACUUCUGCAGGUUUCAGGAAGUGGGGAAAGUAGAAGAGGAAUUUGCUGAGGUGGAGACGGGUAAGCUGAUGGUGAAGUUGUUCACAUUAUUCAGCAAGCCCGACCCGCCAAUGGUGCCGAGAGAAACCGGUUUCCGGGGACUACCCGACCCGCCCAGCUUGCCGUCUUGGCUGUCCGAGGAAGACGUCCAGUACUACGCUUCUAAGUUCCAGAAAUCCGGCUUCACCGGCGGCCUCAAUUACUAUCGAGCGCUCCCCUUGACAGGGGAGCUGAUGGGGCCGUGGGCAGGAGGAGAUAGCAAGUACACAGUGCCGGCCAAGUUCAUUGUUGGAGAUCAGGACGUAGUUUACGUUAUGGUGGGGAUUAAGGACUACAUCCACAGCGAGGAGUUCAAGAAGGAAGUGCCGCUGCUGGAAGAGGUGGUGGUGAUGGAAGGAGUGCCUCAUUUCCCCAACUUGGUCAAACCUCACGAGAUCACUCAGCACAUCCUUGACUUCAUCAAGCGCUUCUGAGCUGCUUUAUCCAACGUCUCUUACAGUUACAGAGCGUGCUUCCUCUGUUUAUCGCAGAUCAUUGUGUUGUCUUAUUAGUGUGUUUCAGUCUGGACUAUGUCAGUAGCUAGUAGUUUAGCCGAUUAAUGAAUAAGCUUCAAUAACUGAAGCCGCAUAUCUAUAUUUUACUAGUUUGUACAUGGGGAAUUAUUGUUGUCUUUUUAAGUACACUCCGGUAUUUUUAUUCAAUAAUAGUGUGUACUUGAAAUUUAUGAUUGUCUUAUUAAGUACACUCUGGUAUCUAUCUUGUUCGAAAAGUUUCAUGUACUU